GUUUUCAUUUAAACUUCACCAAGAGAUCAGGAAAAGUGGAAACAAUGACUCAAGGAGGUUGUAAUGCAAUCUACUCAGAUAAACAUUUAGUUUUUUUAAAGUCUCGCACAUAAAAGAAGUUGUUUGGGUUACCUGUGGUCGGUCGCGAUAAAUGUCAAAUCCAAGAUGGCGGACAAGAAGACACCUUACGAAGUUUUAGGAGUAGCUCAAGAAAGCACAGAGAAAGAGAUCACAAAAGCGUAUCGCAAGAAAGCUCUUAUCUGCCAUCCUGACAAGAACCCUGACAAUCCAAAAGCGGUUGCUUUGUUUCAUGAGCUCAGUAAAGCAUUAGAAGUUUUAACUGAUCCCAAAGCAAGAGCAAGCCUUGAUGCAAACCUAAAGGCGAAAGAAAGGCAGAGAUUACGGAACCAAGCUCUUGAUGCCAAGAGAAAGAAGUUCAAAUUAGAUCUUGAGCAGCAAGAGAACUUAGCUAAAGUAACGAAAGAAAGUACAGAAGAAACUGAGAAAAGACUCAAAGCUGAGAUUGAAAGACUGAGAGAAGAAGGCUCACAGCUUCUCAAAGAACAACAGGAUCUCAUGAGAACUCAGAUGCAGGAUAAACAACAGACUCCAUACAUUCACAUAUAUGAUCACACACCUAAACUUAAGGUUAAAUGGAAAUGUAAAAAAAAUGAUGAAAGAAAAGGUGGAUACACAGAAGAAAUAUUGAAUACCAUAUUUAAAAAGUAUGGAGAAGUAUCACACAUAAUUCUAUCAACCAAAAAGAAAGGAAAUGCAAUAGUGGAAUUUGCGAAUGUCACAAGUGCUAAAUUGGCCUUAAUGAAUGAAUUUGGUAACACAGAUAACCCACUAAACAUUUCUUGGCUAGAAGACCCAGUAAUUACCACUGAACAGACUACUGCAGAAGCAUUUGCAAGCCCAGUAUCAAGUACACCAACAUCCACUUCUACAACUCCAUCAACAAUAUCAGACACAAUUUCAGACAAAGACUAUGAAAGUGUUACUCUCAUGAGACUUAGACAAGCACAGGAGAGAAAAAGACUGAUAGAAGAAAUGCAGAAAGAAGAUGAGGAGGGAUGAAAUAUGCUGUUGAAAUUUAUGAUCAAAGCUCAUAGAUUUUUUACUGUAGGAAAAAGACUUUGCAAUCUUGCAUUGUUGGCUCUUGGGAGCAGGGGUGGGGGUGGGGAGGGGAAGAAGGAAAUAGACCUAUUAUUACCUUGGGCGUACAGACCAUGUGUCAUUAUCUACCAUUGUUUGUUUAGUGGUUGCGCAUGAUAAGACAUAUGGAUAUGGAUACAGCACAAACAAAUGAAAGAUAUUUUAGGGAAUGACAAAUGUGGUCUGAAAUAAGAAAACAUUAUGCUUAAGGUAAAGAGGUCUAUCCGUCUUUACUCUUCUUUCACUUUACCUAUACUUUCCCAAAGUCUACUUCCCUCUCUCUAUAUACUUUGCUCAAAUAUAAACCUUCCCUGGGAGUUAAUAGAGGUUGACAUAGGGCAUAUCUACCCUUCCUUCUACCUUCACCCCUCCCCUGAGCUAACAAUGGAGCCUUUGACCAAUCUCACAUCAGCAACCAUGUUGCAUAGCCAAGCAAAAUUCUUACUAAACAAGAAUAAGGAUUUCAUUUUUGAGUGAAAAAAGAUAGUAGUUUUUGCCAUUCAGCAUGGCUGCCAGAUUGCCAUAGAAACAGCAGAUCUCUUUUUUACCUUUCCAGUUUUAUUAGAGUUUUUACAACCAAUUAAAAAACAUUACGUUAAACAAU